AUGCCAUCGCCAAAGACCACCGCCACAGAUGCCACAGUUGAGCAGGCGGCUGAGUCGCCAGCUGCGGUCGCCGACUCUGUUCAGGAAGCGGCGAACGAUGAGCGUGCCGAGGACUCGGACGUUGAGGCUGGGGAGGUGACUCAGGAAGACGAGUCUGACGGAUCGCGGGACGCCAGCUCUCACGACAAGUCGCCAGAAGAGUCGUCACGAGCCGAUGCGACUGCCGCUGGAGAGGCGCCACCGCUGCCGAAUGAAGCCGUUCCCGAUGGUCCACCCUUGCCAGACGAGCCGGUGCCGCAGCAGCCAGAGGAUGACGGAUGGGACUGCCAGUGGGAUCCGAACAGCCAGGCCUGGUUCUUCUACAACCGCUUCACGGGCAAGAGCCAGUGGGAAAACCCUCGAGUCCCUAGCGCAAAUGGCCCUGCGGUAACCUCGCUUGUGGUUGAGCCCCAGCCGCCUUCUCACGAGAAGCCCGUUGCUGGAGGCUACAACCCGGCCAUUCACGGCGACUAUGAUCCGAAUGCGUGGUACGCCAAGACCAACGAAGAGGAAGAGGAUACCACCGGCUUGGUCGGCGAUCCUGCCGCUAUAUAUGCCGCCACGGCGACCUUCAACCGCUUUACUGGACAUUUCCAAGCUGGAGAAGGCGCUGAACGCCACUCUGACGAAGCCAAGUCGAAGCGCCAGAUGAACGCCUUCUUCGACGUGGACGCCGCGGCAAAUGCUCAUGGCGGCCGCAGCCUCAAGGCCGAGCGGUCCAACAAGAAGCCUACCAAGAACGAACUAAAGGCCUUCAAAGAGAAGCGUCGCGCCAGGAAGGAAGAGAAACGCCGAGCUUGGCUGCGCGACUGA